GUCCGCAUUCUCUUAGUCAUCCCCUGUACUGUCUGCAGUGUCUGGUCAUCCCCUAUACUGUCCGCAGUCUCUGGUCAUCCCCUAUACUGUCCGCAGUCUCUGGUCAUCUCCUGCACUGUCCGCAGUCUCUGGUCAUCUCCUGCACUGUCCGCAGUCUCUGUCUCUGGUCAUUUUCUGCACCGUGUCCGCAGUCUCUGGUCAUUUCCUGCACCGUGUUUGCAGUCUCUGGUCAUCCCCUGUACUGUCCGCUGUCUCUGGUCAUCUCCUGUACUAUGUCUGCAGUCUCUUGGUCAUCCCCUGUACUGUCCGCAGUCUCUGGUCAUCCCCUGUACUGUCCGCAGUCUCUGGUCAUCCACUGCAUUGUCUGCAGUCUCUGGUCAUCCCCUGCACUGUCCGCAGUCUCUGGUCAUCCCCUGUACUGUCCACAGUCUCUGGUCAUCCCCUGCACUGUCCGCAGUCGCUUGGUUAUCCCCUGUACUUUCCGCAGUCUCCGGUUAUCCCCUGUACUGUCCACAGUCUCUGGUCAUCUCCUGUACUGUCCGCAGUCUCUGGUCAUCUCCUGUACUGUCCACAGUCUCUGGUCAUCCCCUG